AUGUCGCUUGCGUUAGUCGUACAUGAAAAUAAAAAACUUCUUCUCGAAGAACUUCCUCUUCCGACAUAUGGUCCCAAUGAUCUGCUAAUUAAAGUAACACAUGUUGCACAAAAUCCAACUGAUUGGAAAUCUGUUCAUUUUCGUGCUGCGAAACCAGGAUCAAUCGUUGGAUGUGAUUUUGCUGGAGAAAUUGUUGAAGUAGGCGAAGAAGCGAUUGGUAAUUAUAGAAGAGGUGAACGUGUUGCUGGCUGUGUUCCAGGUGGUGUCAAUCCUGAAUUUGGUAUUCGUGGAGCUUAUUCUGAAUAUGUUGUUCAAGAAGCAUCACUCGUCUUUCGUUACCCUUCAAUGAUUUCACCUGAAUCAGCAGCUACAAUUCCACUUGCUACUAUUACAGCAGCUCUUGGUCUUUUUCAUGAGAUGAAUUUACCACUACCACCUGCGACUUGUGGAGCAUCUAUUCUUAUAUGGUCUGGUAGUACAAGUGUUGG